GUUACAGCCCGUAACAUCAGUCGCAGAAGCAGACAUGAAAACAGCUCUAUCAGACUCCCAAGGUGACAUGGUGACUUGAAGGUUUAUACCGCUGUGCAGUUCUGUCCAAAACCAAUGGAAGAAGAUGAGACAACUUUUAUUUCUAAUAAUUUGCCAGUGUGCCAUAAGGAAUGUCCAUAGUCACAGUGUUUCAAAUCCCAAUGUCAUUUUACUAAUGGCUGAUGAUCUUGGUAUUGGAGACCUGGGAUGCUACGGGAACAGAACCUUACGAACUCCAAAUAUUGACAGGCUAGCCAAGGAUGGUGUGACACUUACUCAGCAUAUUGCAGCAUCCCCACUCUGUACUCCAAGUAGGGCAGCUUUCCUGACAGGACGAUAUCCUAUCAGAUCAGGAAAGUGGCAUCUUGGGAUGAAUUGUGAAAGCAGUAAUGACUUCUGUCACCACCCCCUCAAUCAUGGAUUUGAUUACUUCUAUGGAAUUACCGUGACCAAUCUUAGAGACUGCAAACUGGGGCAAGGCAGUGUGUUUUUAAAAGGAAUUGGAAAAUCUCUUGCUACCUCAAUAGAAAUCAUUGGAAUCACUCUAGUCUCUUUGGCAGCAGUGCAUUUGAUUGGCUUCCUCAAAAUACCUUUCCGAGCUUUGUGCUAUUGCUUGCUAAUAACUGCUGUUUCACUUGCCGCUUUGUUUUUUUUCUUUUAUAAUUAUCGAUACCUGAACUGCUUCUUAAUGAGGAACCAUCAGGUUAUCCAGCAACCACUGUCAUAUGAGAACCUCACUCAGAGACUAACAAAAGAAGCAGUACAGUUUAUAGGAAGGAACACAAAUGCACCCUUUCUUCUUGUCCUCUCUUAUCUUCAUGUCCAUACUGCUCUGUAUGCAUCAAAAAAAUUCAUAGGAAAAAGCAAGCAUGGCUUAUAUGGGGACGCAGUGGAGGAAAUGGACUGGAGUGUAGGACAGAUUCUGGAUGUUCUGGAGAAAAGUAAUCUGAACAGCAAAACUCUUGUAUACUUUACAUCUGACCAUGGGGCUCACCUUGAAGAAAUCUCUAGUUCUGGAGAAGUCCAUGGAGGGUAUAAUGGCAUUUAUAAAGGUGGCAAGUCAACAAACUGGGAAGGAGGUAUUCGUGUGCCAGGCCUUCUCCUUUGGCCUGGAGUGAUAGAGGCCAGUACCUAUAUUGAUGAACCAACAAGUAACAUGGAUAUAUUCCCUACUGUCAUCAAACUUGCAGGAGCAGAGUUACCCUCCGACAGAAUUAUUGAUGGACAUGAUCUGAUGCCCUUGCUUCAAGGAAAAAUUAUCCAAUCCAAGCAUGAAUUUCUCUUCCAUUACUGUAAUGCAUAUUUAAAUGCAGUACGCUGGCAUCCAAGAAACAGUGAUUCUGUUUGGAAAAUCAUCUUCUUCACUCCAAACUUUAAUCCUGAAGACUCCAAUGGUUGCUAUGAUUCUCAUGUUUGCUUUUGCUCUGGAAGGUCUGUCACACAUCAUGAUCCCCCACUACUCUUCGAUCUCUCCAGAGACCCUGAAGAGAAAGUCCCACUGACUCCAGAAAUGGAGAGUCGUUUUUAUGAAAUACUCCAAGUCAUACAGCAAGAAGUAAAUAAUCACACCAAAUCGCUACAUGCUGUCCCUGACCAGUUAUCAUGGGACAAUCUUCUUUGGAAGCCGUGGCUCCAGGUGUGUUGCUCAUCCCUCUUUCAGUCUUGUUACUGUGACUACGAGUCCAAAGAAAACCUGCCAGAGAUGCAUUUUGGAUAA